AAAGCAUCCCGGUUCGUGGACACUCCGCAUUCGAGAUGGCCUCCCACCGAGCAUGCUUGCAUCAUCAGGGGUGGUUGAGGGAGCUCUUUCAAAGGAUUUGGCUCCCUGUCAAGUGACUAAGGUUAAUUACUCGGUUCGAUAAUUGUCGUAAGUCAGAUAUCAACAUGCGUUUUUGGACGACUGUUUCGGCGGUAGCUGCCCUGGCGGGCCAAGCUCUGUCGCAGGAUCCUCCGACGUUCCCAUUCCCAACCAGCUGCUCUGGUGUGGCUGCACCGCAAUACCCCUAUACCGUUGACUCCGGUUGGCAGGUCACCAAGAUCGCCAGUGGUCUCCGUCAGCCGCGUACCAUCAUCUUUGACAACCUUGGCCACAUGCUGGUGUUGCAAGCCACUUCCGGUGUUUCCGUCCACACUUUCGGCGAGGACGGCUGUAUCAACAGCACGAAGACCCUCAUACAAAGCGCCGGCCUCAACCACGGUCUCAGCCUCACUCCCGACGGCAAGACCCUAUAUGCUAGCUCUCAGACGACGGUUUGGUCGUGGACCUACGAUGCGGCUGCCUUGACGGCCACGGGCCAGAAGACCGUAGUCAGCGGUAUUGGCCAGGGCAUCCACUCUACGCGAACCACAGUCGUUUCGCCCAAGAACCCGAACCUGAUCCUCGUCUCCGUCGGUGCCGCCUCGAACUGGGAUAACCCAACUAUUGACCCGAGCGUCGGUCGUGCGAUCGUUAAGAUCUUCGAUGUAAGCCAGGCGCCCGCCAACGGCUACUCGUUCAACAGCCAGGGUACUGUUUUGGGAUACGGUCUACGUAACGAAGUUGCGCUCGCGUUUGACCCGAACGGUCACGUAUGGGGUGCGGAGAACAGCGGAGACGACUUCAGGAGAACAGUCAAUGGCCAAGCGACGGACAUCCAUAUCGACAACCCUGCUGAGGAGCUGAACUACCUCGGCGACCCCGAGAACCCGCUGGAGAACACGUGGUUCGGGUACCCGACCUGCUUCACGGUCUGGGAGCCGUCCAACUUCCAGGACAACACGGCGCUCAAGACAGGCUCGCAGUUCGUGGUGACGCCGAACACGACGUUCAACGACGCCUCGUGCGAGGGCGUGUCGAACCCGCCGCGCCUCUCCUUCCCCGCGCACAUGGCGCCCAUCACCAACGUGUUCGACCCGGCCGGCGAGAACCUGUACAUCACCUUCCACGGCAGCUGGGACCGGCAGCCGGCGCAGGGCUACUUCGUCGCCGAGGUCCCCUUCCAGAAGGGCGCCGACGGCAACUACGAGCCCGUCGCCCCCCAGGACAGCAAGACCGGCUACAAGAACAUCAUCGGCUCCCAGAACCCGGGCUCCUGCAACUCCCCCUCCCUGACCAUGAGCACGUGCUGGCGCCUCGCCGGCCUCGCCUGGGACCAGGCUGGGAAGCGCCUCUUCGUCAGCUCCGACAACCAAUCCUCCGGCGAGGUCUUCGUGCUGCAGAAGAAGGCUUAGAUGAGGUCAUAGGUUGGGUAGGUACCUAAGCAUAUACGAGGUGGAUGGGGGGUCUAUUUUGGAAGAGAUAAGGUGUGUGUUGGAAGUUGGAUGGUCCU